AUGUUGAAGAUAUGGAGCAUGAAGCAGCAGCAGCAGAAGAGCGAUGCCGCCUCUGGUCAAAGUAAGAAGAAGAAGGUGACGGCAGCACAACUACGAGUGCAGAAGGACCUCUCCGAACUCUCCCUCGGCACAACAAUGACCACCCACUUCCCCAACCCGGACGACAUCCUCAACUUCACCCUCACUCUCACUCCCGACGAAGGCCUCUACAAAUCCGGCAUCUUCACCUUCACCUUCGCCAUCUCGCAGAACUUCCCGCACGAGCCGCCAAAAGUCAAAUGCAAAGAGAAGAUCUACCACCCGAACAUCGAUCUCGAGGGCAACGUCUGUCUCAACAUUCUAAGGGAAGACUGGAAACCGGUGCUGAAUUUGAACGCGGUGAUUGUGGGUCUGCAGUUCUUGUUCCUCGAGCCGAACGCGCAGGAUCCGUUGAAUAAGGAUGCGGCGAAUGAUUUGCAGCAGGAUCGGGAUCGGUUUAGGCGGAAUGUGAGGAGUGCGAUGGGCGGGGGGAGUGUGAGGGGGGAGAGCUUCGAUCGGGUGAUGAAGUAG